CGGCUCAGUUACUGUUACACUCCUGACCCCUCACGUCAACACAGCGGCAGCGCAGGGGAGUCACCAGGGGGACUAUAGUCUCUUUGGGAGUCACGGUGCCUUGAGUAUUACCUGUGAGCGUCACCAGCCCGGCAAGACGAACUGUAUGCGGCUCACCUAAGGCGCCGGGUGUGCGAGGGGGUCAGUCAUGUCGCUGUACGAUGACAUAGACACAGACAAGGCCUCGGGUGCGUCAGGCUGGGCGUCGGGCAUCAAGCUCAUGCACAACCAAUUGGCGUUCAAGAAGGCCACCAUUACUACGCCCAAGAGGGACCAGACAAGGCGGGUGGUGGUGGCCAAACUCCCUCCUGUCAUUGACCUCAAGUCGCGACGAGAGGAGGAAGAUGCUGCCUCCCAAUCCCUCUUCUUCCAGGGUCAGAAGGAGUUUGGGAGGUCUGGCAGUGGUGGUGGCGGCGGGUCCCCCUACGUGGCCUCCAGCGACCCUGAGUGGCGCUUCGUCAAUGAGUACGACCCACUGUGGCCCAACGACUACGAGAAGGUGGUGAAAGACAUGAGGGAGAGGAGAGACAGGGAGGAAGAAGAGACUCGAAUAAAGGAGAGAGAGGAGAGAGACAAGAAGAGGAGAGACAGGACUGUAGAAGAAGGGUCUGGAUUUGCCCGUCUGAGGGAGCCAGAGGAGGAAGAGGAGGAUGAGGACCGGCCCAGGCGAGGAGCUGGGGCAGCCAUAGCCCCACCUCCCUCUCUCGGGGCAGACGAGGGGCCUGGCAGUGGAGGUGGAGGCAAGGGGGCUAACUUUAGUGGCAUGGGGAGCACUGUGGCUGCCAAGAUCAUGGCCAAGUAUGGCUUCAAGGAAGGUCAGGGCCUGGGCAAAAGUGAGCAGGGUAUUGUUAGGGCCCUAGAGGUGGAGAAGACCAGCAAGCGUGGCGGCAGAAUUGUCCACGAGUCUGAUGAGCCACUGCCCCCGGCUGCCCCGAUGAUGCCGCCCCCCAUUGCCCCACCUCCCCGCCCUGCACCACAAUCAGAGAAACCAGAGGCUAAGAUGGCACACAUCUUGCGUAACCCCUCCAAAGUAGCUCUACUCAGGAAUAUGGUGGGGCCGGGCGAGGUGGAUGACGAGCUGGAGCCAGAAGUGCGCGAGGAGUGCAAUGGCAAGUAUGGAGCAGUGGUGCAGGUGGUCAUCUUUGAGAUCCCCAAGGCCGUCCCUGAGGAGGCCGUGCGCAUCUUUGUAGAGUUCCAGCGAGUUGAGUCAGCCAUCAAGGCCAUCAUUGACCUCAACGGCCGAUUCUUUGGCGGACGGCAAGUCAAAGCUGGAUUUUAUGAUCACGAAAACUUUAAGGCAUAUCGUCUGAAUGAGAAGUGCGACUAAAUCGUCUGUUACUGCAACUGCUACCAACUAUAUCACAGCUGCUAUUAUUAUUAUUUUUUUAUACAUUAAAGAAAAAAUAAGGGCAAUAAACAUUGAAGCCCUUUAAUCACUGCUCAUGCAAAAGCAAACAGAAGGAGUGGCCAGGAGAGAGGUGAAUUUUGGAUGGAGAGGUCGCAUCUCAUCUCAAUUCAGUACAGUUGUGUUGUAAUUCUGAACUCUUACAACUUUCCCCUCUAUUGUUAUUCUUUGUUCCUUGUCUUCCAUCUUUCUUUUAUCUGUCAGUGUAUUAUGUCAAGAGGGGUUUGAUCAUAAACUUGAAAAGACUUAAGAAGUUAAAGGAAGAGAUCUCUUGGUGCUGCAAUAGUUUUCUGAAUUUUGUGUUGGCUUCAAACAGCAAGAUAAGCUUUAGGGAAGUGGUGACAGGCAAUGUGUGGAAAGUGAACAUAGGUAAUAAAGGUUGUCUUCCCUUCUUUAAAUUCUCCAACCCUUGUUUGACAUAAAUUCUUGACGUAUCUUUAUCUUUUCUCCCUUUUCUCAUCUAAUUCUUUAUAUUCCAUAUCAAACUAAAUGUAUGAAAUAUCUAAUUCAUGGAAUUUCUGUGUCUUAUCUGUCUGCUUCUCUCUAACUCUCUGCUUCUGAUGUCUUGGGUGUGCAAACUUUCCUUCAUAAGUCAUCUUAUGACAAUACCUGAAAGAUCCAUGUUCUUUAUGGUGAAAGAGGAUGUCAGGAUGUGCUACUGUUACUGAAAUGAAGAUGAAAUUCUAGAGCAGAAUAUUAAAUAAAAAUGAAUGUUGAAAACUUGUGAGCAUAUGCAUUUCUAUAAGAAAAAUAGGUUACAUGAAUA